GGCUGGCUCCGGUGUCAGGCUUAUUCCCCGGUCUGGCUGCGCUAUUUCCCCCUGCGCAUGCCCGGUAGCCGGUUUCCGGUGCCCAGUGCAAACAGUAAACACGGAGAGCAGCUGUCAGGAAGUGGCCUUCCAGCAGCCCAGCGGCCGGCCUGCCCUGCCCACAGCCGAGCGCCUCAUCGCAUCCCAGAGCUGCAUGGUGGUACCCCAGGAUCCAGGCGAUGCUCCGGCUGCCGCGGGCCUUUUGUUGCUGGAGGAGGAGGAAGAGGAGGACGCGGAGCUUUUGCUGAUGACCAGCUCGGUCAUGAUACCUCUGACUUCCGCACAAGUCACCGCGGAGCAAAACGUGCUGCACACUUUCUUCUCCCACCUCGGGAACUUCUCCUAUGACAAAGCCAAGGACCAUGUGGAGAAGGAGAAGGAAGGCAACAAGAGCGCCGGCGCCUCCUGGUCCCUAAUGCUGGCUGCCCUGGCACAUUUGGCUGCUGCGGAGAAAGCCUACCAUAGCAUGAGCUUCCUGGGGCAGAAGCCGGGUGGCCAGUCAUUUUUCAGCAGAAAGGACUCCAUCAGAACUAACUAUACCUCACUGUACAAUGAACUGAAGAAGGUUGUAACCACUGGCAGGAACGCAGUUGGCGGAACAGCUCCUCAUUUGGAAGAACUGCUCUCUCACCUUUCAGAACAGCUCUGCUACUUUGUUCAGGCUCACAUGGAAAUUGCAGACUUUUAUGAGAAAAUGUACACUUUAAGCAGUCAAAAGUUUAUUAACUCAGAAGAGCUGGUUAGUAUAUUGGAAGCCAUAUUAAAGAAGUAUAGCUCAAGGUUUCACCACCCUAUAUUGUCUCCAUUAGAAAGUGGAUUUCAGCUUGAAGUGGAUGUUCUUACUCAUCUUUUGAAAGCACAGUCUUUAAUUUAUGAGUGGAAAUUCCUGCCUGCCUUGGUAAACUUGCACAAUGCCCACACCAAACUACAGACUUGGGGUCAAAUAUUUGAGAAGCAAAAGGAAACAAAGAAACAUCUAUUCGGAGGGCAGUCUCAAAAGGUUGCACAACCCCCAUAUCUAUUUCUUUGGCUCAUGAAAUUUAAGAACUUACUCCUUGCAAAAUUUAGCUUUUACUUCCAUGAAGCUCUUAGCCGUCAGACGUCGGAGAUGAAGGCACUCACAGCUAAAACAAAUCCCGACUACUUUGGAAAAAUAUCUAGUUUCAUUAGAAAAUAUGAUGCAGUCAAUGUGUCUUUGAUCUAUGACACAAGGGGUUCUGAGAAUUUUCAGGGCCAUGGCUACCACCAUCCAGAUUCUUAUCGGGAAGCACCCAAAGGUGUGGACCAGUAUCCAGCAGUGGUGUCUCUGCCCAAUGACAGACCUAUAAUGCACUGGCCCAAUGUUAUUAUGAUCAUGACUGACAAGAGUGCAGACCUCAACACUUUGGAAAAGGUUGUGCAUUUCUAUGAUGACAAAGUUCAAAGCACCUAUUUUCUAACUCGUCCUGAGCCCAAUUUUACAAUAGUGGUGAUUUUUGAAUCCAAGAAAUCAGAGAGAGACUCUCAUUUCAUCUCAUUUCUCAAUGAGCUUUCUCACUCCCUUAAAGGUUCUAGAGCAUUUGCAAGCUUGAAGCCAGGUUCCAAAGUUUAAUAAAACCUAGUAACACGUUCGCAAAAAUAUAAUAGCUAGCUAGAUUGUCUGCUUUUUUCACCACCAGCAGCAAAAGGGCUACACACAUCUUUCUAGCAAGUGAUACAUUUAGCCAGCAACAGAAUAUACUUAUACACAGUAUUGUAUCAAAAGAAAUUUCUAGCAAAUUCUGCUGUGUUUUUGCCCUUAUUUUUCAUUUAAUUUUACUUGUGCUGGCUCUGCAACAAUUUGACUUAUUUGUAUCUUGGUUGCGGCUAGUAAUCAACCUGUUAGGGCUAGCGCUCUACUAUUUUUAUUAAGCAGUGGGAUUUGACCAGGAGAAGUGAAGCUGAGCUGCAUCACAGGUACAUAAGAUGAUCAUUUAUAAGACUCUGGAGACUGCAAGAAAGUGUAGGUAAUCCUUAACUUUGGUGCAUACCACAAUGUCUCGUAGAGCAUCAUUCUGUGUAUUCUCAAACACACACUUGCUUCUUCUAAGCAGAUCACACUUGCACGCGCGAGGCCUUAUCUGGCAGAAAUCAAGGGUGAAACAUCUGAGUAUUAUAUAUUGGAGAGCUGCAUUCUAGGGAAAAGUGUUUCUGAUAUAUUCAUGGACAUUAUAACAAGUGGCCCAUGCUGUUAGCCAAAUACAAAUCUUAGCUUUUAGAAACUGGCUUGGUAUUAAUAGUUGUGGAACAUGUUGGCUAAAAAGUGCUAAGGAUGAUUCACUAACUGCUAUUGGCUGCAAUGGAAUGAAUACAGUUAUGGCACAACUGUAAGGGCAUAACAGCUUCACCUGGAACAUUUUAAUAACCUCAUUUCAUUGUUCUGCUGGUGCUACAACUGACAAAACAAUCCAGCUCUUGUGGGUUGCUUCUCUGUUUACACAAAUACUGUUGAUGUGUAACUUUUAUAGCCAUCUACCACCACAGUUUAACUGCAGUUAAAGCCAGCCUGCACCCCGGCAUUCCUUUCUGCACCUCACUGCAAUAACCCUGGGAAAUUGGGCAUGGUCAGCCUGUGUCUAUUUAGCUGUUGUUAACUGCAGCUCUCUUAAGGUUGGUUGGGAACUGCAGUGUAUCACAGCUGGAGGGCCACAGGUUUAAUGCCCCUUCCUUGUUUAUUUUACUUUCUUCCAUUUUUUUUUUUUAAACAGCUUAUAGCAUUUCCUACCCCCAUUCGCUGAGCAGGCUUGUGCAGUUUUAUAUGCAAUGAAAGCAUUAAACACAGAUUGCCUUGCUGGAAAUAGUGAAUCAAUCCUGGAGUUUCUGACUUGUGUUAAUUUAUUGUUUUUUUGUUGUUACUUUAAGCUGCUGAGCCAAUACAUGGAAUUAGAUCUCUCUCACAAACACACACACACACUCACUACUGAUCUUCCUGCAGUUUCAGUUUGACCCAGUUGAACCAAGCGCUCGGUAACUGAUCAGGAUUCUUCCCAUGCAUAUCCAGCAAGCCUCAAACAGUUGGCCCACUGACAUGAAUCGGAAUAUAUAGAGAGAGUCUGCAUCGGGCACAAGGCCUGUUCUGUAUCUAUUACGCCCCCAAUCCUGUUUUGAAUGCAGUUCAUUUUAAUAGUAAUGGGAGUUUUCAGAAGACCCUUACAAGUAUAUUUUACAUGCUGGCCAUUCUAAUCAUUUUUUAAAAAAAAUAUUUUUCAGUAUUGUGUGUACUUUUAAACUGCAUUCAGCUUUUUUUUUUUCAUUUUUUUAAUGUCCUGUACUGUGUCUCAUGUAGAAAAUAAUCAUUGCAAUAUGUUAUAAAAAGAAAAAACUUAUUUUGGUAUAACGGGUAUAAAUUAUGUCUGCACUAAUGGAUGGGUGUUUAUAACAUGCUGCUGCUGCUGCAAUAAAGACAAGAAAACUGCA